UCCUCUCAGCCAACUCCUACCGAUUGGUAAAACUGCAUCCAUGUUGGCACCAACUGCGCCCGUUCCCGCCGGCAAUUCUGCCGUUGACGAAGAACAAGUUGUGAUUGACGUUUCGGGCGCUUCGGAUGCUUUGAUGACCGAUUCUCCAGCUGGAGACGCUCCUGCUGCUCAUACGGAUGUCGAGGGUGUUCCUCACUUUCCUCCUAUGAAGGCGUCUGCUGUCUCUGGAACAGCAUCGUUGAAGAAAGGUGCUCUUAAAUCCCAAACCCAAAAAGUCCCCAUUCCUCCUCACAGAAUGACUCCUCUGCGAAAUGUAUGGCACAAAUUAUAUCCUCCAUUGGUUGAGCAUCUGCUGCUACAGGUGCGUAUGAACACCAAGUCUCGUGCUGUGGAGCUCCGUGAAAGUAAAGCCACCAAGGACGCAGGAGCUCUGCAGAAAGGUGUGGACUUUGUCCGGGCAUUUGCCCUGGGUUUCGAUAUCGAUGAUGCUAUUGCCUUGCUCCGUCUCGACGACUUGUACAUCGAUACCUUUGAAAUCAAGGACGUGAAAACGCUCCACGGUGACCAUCUGAGUCGUGCCAUUGGCCGUAUCGCCGGACAGGCCGGCAAAACCAAGUUUGCCAUCGAAAACGCGUCGAGAACACGUAUUGUUUUGGCCGACCAAAAGAUUCACAUCCUUGGCGGAUACACGAACAUACGUGUCGCUAAAGAUGCUGUCGUUUCUCUUAUCCUUGGUACACCGCCCGGCAAGGUGUACGCCAACCUGCGGAAUGCUGCCGCUCGUGCCAAAGAACGUUUUUAAUUUUUGGGUAACUUGUUAUGGAUUGGGUUUGUUUUUUGGAAAAUGAAAGAGUUGAAAGAGA